AUUGCAUUUGGAAAAAGUUAAAUGUUGAUUUUAGUUUUUUUAGUAACAUCAGACUAAUUAGAUUUAGAAUUGUGUGAUCAAUUGUUUUCAUUUAGAAUUUAUUUAUUAUUAUGAUAAAACCUAAUAUAAGAAUGUCUUCCAUUUUAUCUAACCAACGAAUUACCUCUUGUGUGAAAAAAGAUUCAGUUGAUUCAAGUGUUUCACCUUCAAUUACUGCGGCUUAUUGUGUCUCUCGUUACAAUAAUUGCUUAAAUGACAAGUUAAUUAGAGAGGUUAAUAGUAAUUCCAGUUUACCUGUUUUCAUCAAAAAUGGUGGAAAUGGUGGUGAUGAGGUUAUUGAAACACAUCCGAGGAUACCAAUCAUAUUUAAUGUUCCACUUACCUCAUUACCUUUUACUUCAUUCAACUUUGAUCGGUAUUUUUCUAAUCUGGAAUCAUUUCGCUUUGGUCAUACUGUUGUUUAUUCUGAAGUGACCACAUCAACUAUUCACCUUAUGGAGCCAUUGACCUCUAUUGAUGGUUUAAUAGUUGUCGCUGGACAGCAAACUCAGGGCAGAGGAAGAAGUGGAAAUCUUUGGGUUUCUCCUAAAGGAUGCGCCAUGUUUUCAAUCUCAUGUCACAUUCCACUUUCAUCUCGACUUGGACAAAGUUUGGGUUUGGUUCAGCAUUUGAUUUCUUUAGCAAUUUACCGAGGGAUAACAAGAGAAUUGGGUUAUGAGAAAUCAGAUUUACAUCUUAAAUGGCCGAAUGACAUUUACUGGGGACGAACUGUUAAGAUUGGUGGGAUUAUCGUCUCUUCCAGUUUGAUUGGAAAUGAUGUUCAUUGUGUUGCUCAUUGUGGUAUCAAUGUUAACAAUUCCCAUCCAACUCAACCAUUAAAUCAAUUGCUGGCUAAUUAUCCUGAAACGAAAAAUUUACCCCCAUUAACUAUUGAAGAAGUGAUCGCUAGAACAUUAAAUGAGCUUGAUUAUUUAAUCAAAGAGACAGAGAGAGCUGGCAUUGAGAUGAUUAAGAAACUUUAUAUUCAACAUUGGUUGCACUCUGAUCAAAAGAUUCUUAUGGCUGAUAAUAAGGAAGUAAUCAUCAAGGGCAUCGAUGAUCAUGGUUUCAUGUUGGUUGAAGAUUCAACGGGGAAAAUUUUAACCGUUCAACCUGAUGGAAAUCGUUUUGAUAUGAUGCAAAAUUUGAUUGUUAAGAAGUGAAAUUAUUGCUCAAAAUCAAUUGACGAUUGUUUUUUUCAUCGGAUAUUUUAUUUUUUUUCUUCUGCUUCCUGUGGUCUUUUAAUGUCCCUCUAAUUAUUAUUCAGUGGUUGCAUUGAUAUAUAUUUAUUUUUGGAUUAAAUCACUUUUUGGUUAUCAAUGAAAAAUUGAUUACUACCCAAUUGUAA